CUCUCCCGCGCUCCCGGCCCGCGGGGCUGAGCUGCAGGCUCCGGUCCGCCCGCCCCCGUCCCCGGCCGCCGUUCGCGGGGCGCGGAGCCCGCGCGGGGCCGGCGGGAGCAGCGCAGGCGGGCGGCGGCGGAGUCCGAGCCGCGUGCCCCUCAGCGUCCUCGGCCCGUGCCGGGCUGGCGCCGCCGGGGGACCAUGGUGUUGGACCAGGAGGACGUUCGUAGUUCCUUGCAAUUCUGAGGCACAAAAGUAGGUGAGACUGCUUUUGUAUCUGCGAAGUGCUUCGCUCCUGAAUGUAAUUCUAGCUGAGUGCAAUCUAGGUUAAGAGCCGGACAAGCGGGUAAUUAGAGCCCGCUCGCUGCCCGAGGACCGGCCGCCCCGCCGAAGCGCGCCCGGAAUCGGCGCCCUUCUCCCGGCCGAGCCGAGCUGCGGCUGGACACGGAGCGCCCGAGAUGAUGGUGCUGGACAAGGAGGACGGCGUUCCGAUGCUCUCCGUCCAGCCCAAAGGCAAGCAGAAGGGCUGUGCGGGCUGCAACCGCAAGAUCAAGGACCGCUACCUGCUGAAGGCGCUGGACAAAUACUGGCAUGAGGACUGCCUCAAGUGUGCCUGCUGUGACUGCCGCCUGGGGGAGGUGGGCUCCACCCUCUACACCAAGGCCAACCUCAUCCUGUGCCGACGCGACUACCUGAGGCUUUUUGGCACCACAGGGAACUGCGCUGCCUGCAGCAAGCUGAUCCCAGCCUUCGAGAUGGUGAUGCGAGCCCGGGACAACGUCUAUCAUCUCGAUUGCUUCGCUUGCCAGCUCUGCAACCAGAGGUUGCACAACAAUUAAUUCACUCACAAUGAGAUAGACUCAACAUCAGGCAGCCGGCCUCUGAAAGCCCCCGAGAGCAGAGCCGGCCUUCUAGGAGGACCCCAGCCCCAUUCUGCCCACCGUAGACCCUGCCAGGGGGCUUCCUCAGUUCAACAUGCGGUGGAAUAUGCCAGAUCCAGAACCAUGGCUCCACUUACGGCUGUGUCAUGGUCCCCAUCCAGGACGUGGGGCUCAUCUGUUUCUCAGGGCAGCCAUGAGGCAGAGAUCUAAACUGUGAAGUGCUGUUUUUACGAGAGCUGGAGUUACCAUCCUGGACAUCAUGACGUGCUGAGUGGGAGACCCUUCGCCUGGGAAGUCCCGCAGCAGUCCACAGCUGCUCCCAAGAAGAGGCCACACAGGCCUUGCGGACAUGCGACUGGUGUGGAACCAAAGGGAAGGCAGGGGGUGGGCAGAGAGGAGGCUGGGCUCUUCCUGUAGCAGGCAGCAGGGCAGGGCUGCUGGGGCUACUUGGGGCCAGGGAUUAUGCUCCUGGGGAGUGCCCCAGGGGCUCCCAAGAAAAGCCUGAUCCCCCUCCCCAGCCACAGUGGCAUAGGGGAAACUUGGUUAAGUGCAGGGCAUGAAUGGCUCUGACCCGGCUCUCCUUGGGGCUGUAGCAGGAGACUUCCUGUCUCCUACGGGGAGAUAGGAAGUACCAAGCAUGGACAGCUAGAGGCUACAGCAGCUCGAGCCUUAGCCCGGGCCACAGCCCGGGCCACGUGGAUGGUGGCAGUGUGGACGGACGAACAUCAUGUGGUGGUUGUGCACGGUCCCCUCUUCCUCGCCAGCCCGAGGGACCCCAUCUUUCCUCCCUGCGUUCCUUGGUGGCCUGUGUCAGAGACACCCUAACAAGGGGCCUGGCACCCACGGAAUAUGGUGCCUGCUUAUGCCCCACUCCUUGGCCGGAAGCUGAACCACAGUCUGUGUUUGGAAGGAAGUUUGAUUCUAAUCUUGACAGUGCUGCACGGCCCACCAUGAAAUCUCUCUUCUCCCAGGCCUCACCCCAGAAACUGUGCCCCACAUCAUGAGAUGCACAGGACCCACGGCAGAACCCAUGUGAAAUUUCUGCCUAGGAAGUCUGAUCUCUGCGUGGAGACAAUUGCUUUCUCCCUUAAAGCUGUCAGUGAUCGUCACAGCCUGACUGUCUAUGUCUGGCAUGGAGUGCUCCCCAGCACCACCCAUCUAGGGACGCUGCCACCAAGUGAGGGUAGAUUCAGGAAAGAUGCUUUGUGCUGCAACUGUGCAUGACCUCUAAAACUACAAUUGCCUAAAAAUGAAUGAUAAAGAUGGACUGCUGUGAAGAUCAGU